AUGGAUCCAUCCUUUAUGCUUGCCGCUGCUGUUGGUGGUGUGGCCACACACCUGCUGUACUUUCACAGGGGCGAACACCAUCUAUAUCCCCAACGGUAUCUCCAGGUGGUCCUCAUACUAUCCUUAACCGUCACUGGAAUCUUCAAAUACAUCGCAGAACUCACCACCUCCGACGCUAUAACCCUCUCCGCGAGAUUAACCACCGUCUACAUCGCCGGAAUCUACCUAAGCGUGGUAAUAUACCGCCUCCUCUUCAACCCAUUAAACAAAUACCCCGGUCCCCUCCUCGCCCGUCUCACAGCAUUCGAUCAUGUAUUCCGGGUCGCCAAAAACAAGGACAUGUUCCUCAAGCUGUACAACGCACACCAGGAACUGGGCAACUUCGUGCGAAUUGGUCCUAACGAUCUAUCCGUCGCUGACGCAGACGCUGUCCGGGUGGCAUUUUCCGCACAGUCGACGUGCUCAAAAGCACCCUGGUAUUCGAUUGAACUUCCCGCGUAUUCGAUGCACUCAACUCGGUCGAGGAUAGAGCACGACAAGCGACGGCGGAUCUGGAGUCCGGCGUUUAGCGAUAAGGCUCUGCGCGGGUAUGAGCAGCGGGUGCUGAAGUAUAAUAAGAGUCUGCUGGAGCGUCUCGGGUCGUUUGAUGGACAGGCUGUGAAUGCAUCAAGAUGGUUCAAUCUGUGGAGUUUCGACGUUAUGGGGGACCUGGCAUUCGGGCGGUCGUUUGAUAUGCUGGCAUCCAAGUCCCAGGAGGAGCACUGGGCCAUUCAGAUCCUGAAUAAGGCGCAGGAUACAGCUGGUCUCGCGCUCCCGCCGUGGUUUAAUCGGCUGUUAUGGCAUGCUCCCGGGAUCAGAAAUUCAUAUUUUCGGUUCUUGAAUUACUGUGCUGAGAUGAUUGAAGAGAGAAUAUCGGUCCAAGGGAAACAGCAGAAUCCUGAUAUCACGCACUAUCUGAUUGAAGACUUUAACAAGAGGACCAAAGAAGACCAGAAGAUUGAGCUGCACUCUCUACACCUGGACAGCAAACUAAUUAUCGUCGCCGGCAGCGACACAACUGCAGCAACCCUGACCUACCUGUUCUUCCAUCUCGCCAGUGAAAAUGGCCUCCUGGCGCGUCUCCGAGAGGAAAUCGAACCUCUACUAGGCGAGAACGGAGAAAUCGAACAUCGAAACCUCCAAAACGCACAACUGCUCAAUGGCUGCAUAAACGAAACCCUUCGGCUCCAUCCACCUGUCCCAAGCGGUCUUUACCGCAAAACACCCCCCGAGGGAGUUCAAAUCGGCCAGGAAUACAUCCCCGGAAACACAACUCUACAGAUCCAUCUGUACUCAAUCGGACGCAGCGAAGCCCACUUCGCACAAGCGAACGAGUUCAUACCAGAGCGUUUCUUUUCGCGCCCUGAGCUGAUUAAGCACAAGGACGCGUUUAGUCCGUUCUCUAUGGGUCCGUAUGGGUGUAUCGGGAAGAACCUGGCGUAUAUGCAGAUUCGGCUGCUGACAGCAUAUCUUAUUACGAUGUUUGAUGUGCAUUUGGCGCCUGGGGAAGAUGGAACGGAUUUGUUGUUGAGGUCUGCGGAUCAUUUUACGACUGGGUUGGCGGCGCUGAAUUUGUGUUUUGUUAAGAGGGGGUAG